UGUCUUUUCAUUCUUUACAUUCCUCGGGAUUUAUAUAGUGGUGGGAAGGUUGUUGAAAGUGCAAGAGCUCUCAAGGAAGAUUUACUUUUAGACUGCCUCUCCUCCGUUUCCGUUCUCUGCCUCUCUCCCUCUGUAGCGGGCACGCGAGUACUUGAAAAGCUAUCCUCUGCUAUCUAUUCCUCGACCACUGCUCUCAGCUGCCUCCUAUCUUUCCUCCCCUUGCGAUCGGAUCAUUUGGCGUACCAGCAAUUGUCUUUAUUGUUUUGGUGUGUUUCAGGUGGUGCCAAGGUAGGUUUUGUGUUUGUUUUUGUGAUCCCCUCCAGCAUAAAAGCGAAGGAGAACAAAAGAUCCAGAUCUUGCAUACUGGGAUCUUACGGACGACAACAAGAAGAGAAACCGAUUCAGGUGAUAUCAACAGGAGAUACUUCGACUAUGAACGACGACAUCUCCUGUGUUCCUCCGGGUUUCCGGUUCCACCCCACCGAUGAAGAACUGGUAGGCUACUACCUGAGGAAGAAAGUGGCUGCAAGAAAGAUCGAUUUGGACGUAAUAAAAGACGUCGAUUUAUACAAGAUCGAACCUUGGGAUCUUGAAGAGAUAUGUAAGAUCGGAGCAGAAGAGCAGACUGAGUGGCACUUCUUUAGCCACAAAGACAAGAAGUAUCCGACUGGAACUCGAACGAAUCGAGCAACAGCAGCUGGAUUCUGGAAAGCUACGGGAAGAGACAAGCCGAUCUACUCCGUGCGUCGCUUGAUCGGGAUGAGAAAGACCUUGGUCUAUUACAAGGGUCGAGCACCGAACGGGCAGAAGUCGGAUUGGAUCAUGCAUGAAUACCGGCUGGAGACGAACGAAGAUGGAACUCCACAGGCAAGCAUUUCCUUUUUGUGCUUCGCGAUCUCUCACGGCAAAGAUUUUAAGUUCCAGCAUACGUUACGUGCAUUUUCUUUGUGAUGUUUCUUCCUCGUUAUCCGAAAGCCCAACACCACUUUUGCUGCUCUCUUUGGAUCUUAAUCAACAAAGACAAUGCAACAACAAGCUCAUGAUCAUAUCAUAUCCUCUGACUUCAUAUCACAGGAAGAGGGUUG